CCCGUCCCUCGUCCUGCACUCCCUGUAUAGCUUCUCCCUUUCCCCCCUCCAUUGCCUUCACUUCAGACUUUCUGCACAGUCAUCUCCCUUCUGAGCCAGAGACAUCAACCCGGCAAGUCAAAAAGAAUUGACGUCUUUGUGGGGAUAGGACCUGUAUCAGAAGAGAAAAUGGCCACAGCAUGUAAUCACAUGGGGAUCCUCAACAUAUUGAAGUAGAGAAAUUUAACAUGGUUAAAUCUGGACCUCAGUUUCCUCAUCGGAUGGGCAACAUUCAACAAAGACCUUCAGAUUUGAUUCAACGGGAGCGGAGGCAGCUGAUAGAGGGCCUCAAAAAUGAUUCAGGCGUCCUACUGGAUGGGCUUCUGGCUCGAGGUAUCAUCACAGUGAGUGAAUAUGAGUCCCUGGAUGCCAUGGAUGACCCUGAACGCAUAGUGCGCCAGGUGCUUCUUUUAGUCCAAAAGAAGGGUGAGUUUGCUUGCCAGGAACUGCUGAAGUGUGCAGCUGAGAUCCACCCUUACGACUCCAGAGAUCCCUUUUGGAAUUGGAAGCUUACACCACCAGCACAUGACUACCAUUUCCACCGAAGCCAUGACUCAAGCUGUGUGGAUGACGGAAGGAAGGUUUCAUGUGGGGGUAUGUGCAUUGGAGUUCCUACCUCUACAGACAAGGAUGAGACUGAUGGCAUAGAAGGAUCACAGUUCUCAGAGGCAGCAGAAUUGGAUGCUCUUGAGGAUCAAGAAUCUUCAAAAGAUCCAGAACCAGGCUCACAAACCUCAGAAAACGAUGAGUCGAUAAAUGAAAUUCUGGAAGAGCCAGAACCAGAAACCCCAGAAAACAAUGACCUUCCAGAAUCGGAGCCAGAACCAGAGCAUGAAGAAGUAGUAGAAGACAAUGAAGAAGAUUCCUGAUGGAGUUAACUGAAAUGACCACUGCCCCAUCCUAUCUGCUGUACCAGGGAGUGAGGUCAUCAUUGGGGUAGGAGAAUACUCAAGCUGGGGCACCCAGCCCUCUGAAUUCCUGCCCAGCUAAGACUUGGAGCAUGGGGUUGUCCCUAUUUGUCUUGAAUAAACUCAAUAAAGGAUCCAGAGAAGCACUGGAUUAAAAAUAUUGUUCAUGAUAUAAAUCAUAGCUUCCAUUUCUAUAGGCUUAAAAAAGCAUAUUCUCUAUAGUAGUUCCAUGAUGUUAAGAGUUAGAAGUAUUCUUAAUUCCAUUUUACAGAUGAAGAAACUUCUUAGAACAGAAGUUAGGGAGAAGGAGCAAUAGACCCCCCCAGUGAAAGGAGGACUUUGGUUUUCUAAGAGAACCAGUGAAUCAUAAGUUAUGUCUUGACUUGUGCAUGAAUUGAAGUGAGGUGGAGUUACACAAAGUCAUUAGUCUAACUCUUCUUGAGUCACUGAAAUCUAGUGGGAGACCAAAAGUCAGAGGUCAAGUCUGUGCAUUCAAAUUCCAAAGUACUGCUCCCUUUGUAUCCAACUUUCCACCUCUUUUUCAGGAAACAAUCAUCAAAUCAGUAUUAUCACAGGUACUUAGAAAGAACAUGAAAGUACCGCUCUUUGGGUCAACUCCUAAUUGCUAUAACUGGCUAAUUCAAAGCUCCCUUUUCUAAUCAUUACUCAGUAAUAUCUGUUGUAUCCCCCUAGUUAGUAGAAUGUAAGGUCCUUGGAAUUAGGUUCCUUUUGUAUUCGUAUCACUAGAGAAGGUUUUAAUAUAUGUUGCACAAUCACAGUUGGGAUGGAAUUGGUGGGGGCCGAGCAAAGAACAUAAGAAGACAGAGAAGCUUUCUUCUUAAGGACUUCACCUAAGGACAAACAGAAGGUCAGCUCUUCUCUGAAAUUCAAUUUCUUCUUCUGAAAAGUGAAGGGAAUUGGACUAGAUAAUCAACCAACAAGCAUGUAUUAAAUGUCUAUGCUAAGUGAUAGAUGUUGAGAAUAGUAACAUAAAAUGAUAAUCUGUGCCCUUGAGGAGCUUACAUUUUCCCUCCCUUCCCCAAAUCAAAGGAUAAAGAUUUAUUACUCUAACAGUGGGACAAAUCCAUAAGGAUUUUUACCAAGAAAAGGGGAUUUUUAUACCAUUAAGAGGGAAGACAUCAUUAAUGCAUGGCAAAGUGGAGUUUAGUUAAACUAUGGACUGGAGGGCUAAAUUUUGAUAGAAGUUAGCAAACUAACCCCAAAAAGGAAUUAGCUAUAACAAGGAGAAAGAUGCCAUAAAGCUAGAUUAUGCCAUUGACUAGUAAGCCAAUCUUAGAGGGAAUUUAGUACCUUAAAAAGAGUUAGCAAGGGAAUUACAGUAGGGGAAAUUUAACCACAAGGGUUUGACAUCAUGAAUUGACUUUGAUUGGAUAUGGUAACUGUGGAGUAAUGAUGGUUUUGUCAAUGAAAAGAAUUCAGC